CACUCACACGCUGCAGGCUGCAGUCUCUCGGCAACCGUCGGCGCAGCGGAAUGUCAUAGCGUUCACACCUCCGUGCUCGAUUCGGUUUAGCUACUUUUUUUCAGUAGUGGUGUUCACUAUAGGGUUCUCCAUUGCCUCUCGGUGUUGUUUUGGUGUUUUAGUGUCGUGACGUGGGUGUCAAGUGUCUCCAAAGUGGAAAUUAGGGCUGUGUGCAACGAUUUCGUUACGGUUACGGAUAGUCUUAUUGGGUAUAUUUCAAUAGUCUUGCGUCCUUGCGUGUCCACGUUUGCUCCACUCGGAUCAGAUUUCUAAGGUUCCUACCUCUGGCCAUCUCUAUACCAGCCAUCUUUACAUCUAGUACAAAAACACAACCCACACAACUCUAACUGCGUUAUAACUAGUUUUUUUUCUAGUGAUUUUUUUCUGCACUGCAGCCCUGCACGGUAAUCGUGUUUUGAUUAUUUGAUUUGCGGAUAGCUUCAGGAAUAUUAUUGUACGAGAAGUAGAUAGUCGAAGCAUUUUUCGAAGCAAAAUUUUUGUGUUUUCAUUUCUGAAAAUAAAUUGACGAUGUUCAAUCAAAGCUCUCUGGGUACAUUCGGAUCAACAUCAACUCCUAGCACGGCGAAUCCUAUGAAGGAUUUCGAAGUAGUGCAACCUCCGGAUGAUUCUGUGAGUUCGUUGGCGUUUUCUCCGUCUACUCUGCCACAGAACUUCCUUAUAGCCGGCAGCUGGGAUAACAACGUGAGAUGCUGGGAGAUCGAACAGAAUGGAACCAGUGUGCCCAAGUCAAUGCAAUCUUGCGGGGGCCCUGUUCUUGAUGUGGCUUGGAGCGAUGAUGGGACUAAGGUCUUCAUGGCAGGAUGUGAUAAACAAGCCAAAAUGUGGGAUCUGGCCAGCAAUCAGGUGGUUCAAGUGGCAAUGCACGAUGCUCCAAUUAAAACCUGCCACUGGAUAAAAGCUCCAAAUUAUUCAUGCUUAAUGACUGGCUCUUGGGAUAAAACAUUGAAGUUUUGGGAUACAAGAUCGCCAACUCCUAUGAUGAGCAUCAAUCUUCCAGAAAGAUGCUACUGUGCAGAUGUUGACUUUCCUAUGGCUGUGGUUGGAACUGCUGGGAAGCAGAUUAUAGUGUAUCAGUUAGAAGGAAAACCUCAGGAGUAUAAGAAAUUGGACAGCCCAUUGAAAUAUCAGCACAGAUGUGUGGCCAUUUUCAGGGACAAGAAGAAAUCUCCAACCGGGUACGCGCUGGGUUCCGUAGAGGGCAGAGUGGCCAUUCAGUAUGUAAACCCGGCUAAUCCCAAAGACAACUUUACGUUCAAAUGCCAUCGCUCCAACGGCACGCCGAACGGCUACCAAGACAUCUACGCCGUGAAUGAUAUCGCUUUCCACCCUGUACACGGCACGUUGGCGACCGUCGGUGCUGAUGGUUCUUUCAGCUUCUGGGACAAGGAUGCGAGGACCAAACUGAAGCCGUCCGAGCUGAUGGAACAGCCCAUCUCGAGGUGCGCGUUCAACCACAAUGGACAGAUAUUCGCGUACGCGGUCAGCUAUGACUGGAGCAAAGGACACGAGUUCUAUAACACCCAGAAGAAAAAUUACAUAUUUCUCAGACCGUGUUAUGAUGAACUUAAGCCUAGAACUUCUUCAUAAAAUGUAUUUGUUUAAGUAUCUAUGUUUUAUUGCUGCCAAACAAAGCUUGGUUUGUUCUUUUUGGAACAGUAUUAUCUUUUUGCGUUUUUCGGAUUUUUUUUGUAUUGAACUCUAGGACAAAAGUUGUCCUGCAAUUACUUCCUGUGUAAAACUAGUUUCACACUGGUGCAUGUCUAACGUUCUUUUGGCAAAACCUGUGCAUUAGAAAACCUUGGGCCCACGGAGACUCUUUCCAUAGUGCGUUUUUCUCAAAAAUUCACCAUAACAACAUGAACAAGGUCGGAAAAACGGAGGAUAAUAGUAUUAAUUGAUAUUUGAAAGAUUAGACAAAACACGAAAUGAUAGGUGUUUUAUGUUUAUUUUGGGGGUCAAACUUUUGAUGUACCAUGAAAAUUCCACUAAUUUUGUCAAAAGAAAAUGCUACCAAAUUCUUCUAAGUUUUAAUGCAGUUUAUUUUGUAACACUGAAGUAUGCCACAGUAUCAAGUUCAAUAAACUUUAUUGACCAUUAAAUUCGUUCUACAUGUUUAUUACCUAAUCUUUUUUCUCUACAUAGCUCCUCUACUAGGUGUAUCUUCACAGUUCAAAUAUUUUCCCAGUAUGCUUGCAGAAUGAAUGAUAACACAAUCAAUUUAAAAUUAAGUAAAACCCUCAAAGGAACACAUCUAUUCUCUACAAUAAAGAAAGUUCGAAUGAAUAUGGAUCGAAAAAUGGAUGCUGGAGACAAUUUGGCUGCAGACUGAGUUUUUAGGCUUGCAGAUUUGGAAACGUCUGUGUAUGCUACAGAUUCCAAAGUACGCAGAUCAGGAUGAAUAGAAGCUAUUCGUCCAGUCGGUCAUUCUUUCGUGAAAAAAAAUAUAUGCAAGGAAAACAAAGCUCUAUUUCGUUUACAAGUGCGCAACCACUAUACUAUAACUAUCUAAAACUGUAAUGACUCAUCGCUGUUCACGUGAACAUCACUUAACUACCAGUAGUCGGCUGUUCAUAGGCGGGGUAUGAAUGUUUAACAUGGGUG